CAGGAAAGUACUAUUAUAUAAAAUGGUCUUUCGUUCAAGACGUAUAGUAUUAUUCGCUUUAGCAUUACUAUUUAUUUAUUUAAUACAAUGCUACGCUGAGGACAACUGUGAAACUUUACCAUCAGAAAUCCAUAUUACUAAAGAUGAAUACGACGAUAUGGGAAGUAUAGUCAGAUCAUGUAGUGGCGAUGUAAGCGUUAAUAAGUGCGAGGGUGCCUGUAAAAGUCAAAUCCAACCAUCUGUUGUAACAGCCACAGGAUUUUUAAAAGAAUGCUACUGCUGUCGAGAAAAGCAGUUGAAAGAUAGAUAUAUCACGCUGACACACUGCUAUAAUACAGACGGAUUGAGACUAGAAGAUGAAGAGCGAGCCACCAUGGAAAUUCGUAUAAGGGAACCUGUAGAUUGCAAGUGCCACAAAUGUGGAGACUACAGCCGAUGAAAAAUAUUGAUGAUUCGAUUU